GAGAUGAACAAGGGCGGACAUCGUAUUUUAUACGCAAAAUUAAUUAAAAAUGCUAAAAGAAAUUUUUAAUUUAGCACUAAGUCCGAAAAUUAAAUCUACUACAUUAAAUUUAAUUUAUUUUAAAAGUGCAUACUUUUGGAAUUUAUAAAGAAAUAAAGAAAAUAAAGAAUUCAAAAGUACAUGAAUAGAAAUUAUAAAAAUAAAAAAUAAUUUGCGAAUAUAUUUGAAUAAUUACCAAAGAACAAUUAAAUUGUCAAAGCUUGUAUAAUUAAAAAUCUAUAUAUACUUUUAAAUAUACACACACACAAACACACAUAUGUACAUGCUGAAAAACGAUUUUGUCUUUGAGAUUUCUAACUUUGGACACGAAUUAAAUAGCUAAAUUAAUUAGGUGGUAAAUAUUUAUAAACAUACAUACAAUAUAUAUAUAUAUAUAUAUAUAUAUAUAUACAAUUUAUUCGAAAAAUGCAGGAAAGAAGAGUAAAAAAGCUUAAAGGUGGUCAUUAUGUGGCAACACAUGGACGUUUUACACCAGAUCCUCCUUAUGUACAUUCAAAUCGUGGUUAUUCAACAGAUGGUGAAGAAAGUCAUAGAGCACCAUCUGAAAGAACAUUAUCUGAAUAUACUGUAGCAAAUGAAAGAAUGUCACCCGGAAAUUAUAGGCAUACAUCAUCACGUAAACAUACCUCAUCUAGGACUGGUGGUGGCGGUGGUGGUGGUGGUGGUGGUGGUAGUAUGGUAAAUGGUGGACUAUAUAGUAAUGGUGGACCAAAACAUUUAGGUCCAAUGAGUUCAUCAAAUCAUCAUAUAAAUGGUAUACGACUUCCAUCAAGAGCACCUUCUGCCUUAAGUUAUGAUCAUGGUGGUGAUAAUGGUAGUGAUAUAUAUGUAACAAGCGCUGCUUAUAAAGAACCUUCAGAAUUAAGUCGAUACAGUGGACAUAGAGCACAGUCACGAAGUGGAGCUCGUAGUAUUUAUUCAGUUGCUAGCUCAGCCAAAACUGGUAGAAGUGGAAGAUCACAUAGGAAAAGAGGAGCAAAAAUAGAAGCAAUGUCUGCACCAAAUCCAUUUUGUCCAAAUAUUAGAGGUGUAUGUUGUUUAAUGCUUUUGCUCAAUUUAGGUUUGAUACUUGUUACACUUGGUUUCGUAAUAGUUAUUCAAUUUUUUGAACCGACUUUUGUUUGGAUUCUUGGAAUAAUAUUUUUGGUAUUUGGAUUUUUAACAUUAAUUGGUUCUAUGAUCUAUUGUGUAUAUGUAUGCCGAGAUGCAAAAACACCAUCACAAUUAAGAAAUGAAGAUUUAUAUUGGACACGUCAUUGGCAAAAAAAUAUCGGUUAUACUCCACAAGAAAUCAAUUAUAAAGUAGAUAAAUAUGAUAACUAUUCAGAUAGGUACUCUGUUAGUAAAAUGAGUGUUAGAGAAAGCAAUCAUAAUCGAUAUUAAAAUAAUUAUUUAGAAUUAUUUUAAAAAUAAAUAAAUUUAUAUUAUACAUAUAUUAUUUUUUUUUUCUUUUUCAAAUUAUUAACAUUUUUUUGUUCUAAAUCUCAAUAAAUGUAUAAAAAAUACCCACAUUAAUUUCAAUAUAAAAUUUGUAAGAAAUUCUUUAAAAGGCAUUUUAUAGAUUUGUCUUUGUUUAAUUAGAAAGUAUUUAGUAUUUCUAAUUGAAUUUUUAAUGAAUUAUUAAAUUAUUCUUAAGUAAAAAAUUUAAAUAUUGCUGUAUGUAUACAAAAUUGUAAAAAUGCUUUAGAAAUGUUCUUAUUUUUUUUUUUUGUGGAGAAUAUAAUGUAAAUUUUAAAUGUUUUACACUAAAAUGUCUGAAAUUCCUUAAUGCAGUAAUUUCAAAUCAAAUUUAGUAAUUUUGUAUUUAAGCUAAAAAUUCAGUAAUAUAUUUGUAUAAGUUGAAUUAAAUUCACAGUUUGGAUUACUGCAUUACGGAAUUGAAGAUUAACAAAUUUUUAAAUGUUAAAUACUGACAAAAUAAUUUUUUUUUUUAAAUAUUUUAUACUUGAUUGGCAUUAAAAAUGAUAAAUGUUUUUUUGUUGGCAUACCAUUAAGAUUACUAAAUUAUUACAAAUUUGCUUUGUAUACAUUCAAAAUUCAAAAUUACGCUCAUAAUAUGAAUUUUUUUAAAUUAUAAAUUGAAUUAUAAUCAAAUUACUUAAGUAACAAUAGAUAAAAUGUUAAAAUUAGAACAUGUUGACAAUUUUAUAUUGUUUUGCCUUAAGCUAUAUUAAAAUUCAUUUUAAUAAAUUUGAA